AUGAUGGAAGAAAUAGAUAGAUUUCAAGUGCCGAGUGCCGUGCAGGAGGCGGAGAUGCAGGCGGAGAUGCAGCCGCUGGACCCGGCCUCUUCCACAGCCUCAGAGGCGGACUCGGACACCAGAGAGGGGGAACCUGUCACUAUCAACUACAAGCCCUCACCCCUGCAGAUGAAAAUAGAGAAACAGAGAGAGCUGGCUAGGAAGGGAUCCUUGAAGAACGGCAACACUGUGGGUAGUCCAGUCAACCAGCAGCCCAAGAAGAACAACAACGUCAUGGCCAGAACACGGUUGGUAGUGCCCAAUAAAGGCUAUUCCUCUUUAGACCAGAGCCCAGAUGAGAAGCCCUUGGUGGCCCUAGACACAGACAGUGACGACGAUUUUGAUAUGUCUCGAUACUCAUCGUCGGGAUACUCCUCUGCUGAGCAAAUCAAUCAGGAUCUGAACAUACAGUUGCUGAAAGAUGGUUACCGCCUAGACGAGAUCCCGGACGACGAGGACCUGGAUCUUAUCCUGCCCAAAUCAGUCAACCCCACCUGCAUGUGUUGCCAGGCAACCUCCUCCACCACCUGUCAAAUACAGUAA